GCAAAUUCGGGUGUCUUUAAAGUUUAUUUUAAAUGUCACGUGAAAUGUCAUGUGACCUGGGAAGGGGAGGUGGUCGCGUCUCUGCUUCUGAUUACCGGCAGCAGAAGUAUCAACAGCAGCAGCAGCAGCAGCACAGGAAGAGUAGAACGCGAUGGCUUUUGUACGAAAGCAGCAGAGUGACGAAGACACGGAUUUCUAUCAUGAAGAAGAAAGAGGAAUGAAAGAAGUCGCGUCGAAGCGACGGCGCGUGAGUCUCGACCCUCCUGACGAGCGCGUCAACAACGACGGGCACGCGCCGGGCGCGAUUGUGCGGGUUGCGCUGGUUGAUUUCGUGACGUAUUCGAAUGUUGUGUUUUGGCUUGGGCCGAGUAUGAAUAUGAUUAUUGGGCCGAACGGGACGGGCAAGAGUACGCUUGUGUGCGCGAUUGCGCUGGGGCUGGGGGGCAAGCCGGAGUUACUCGGCCGGGCGAAGGACAUUGGCGAGUUUGUGAAGCAGGGCAAGAAACGCGGCACGAUCUUGAUUGAGAUUAAAGGACACGCGGGUGAGCCUAAUCGAACGAUCGAGCGCACGAUAUUCUCCGACAACCGGUCUGAAUGGAACAUUGAUGGCAAACACACGACGGCUAGAGCGGUCAAAGACCUGACAGACUCCUUCUCGAUCCAGAUCGACAAUCUCUGCCAAUUCCUCCCCCAAGACAAAGUCGCCGAGUUCGCGCACAUGUCCCCGCAACUUCUUCUCCAAGAAACCGAGCGCGCGACAGGGUCCGCGGAGAUGCUCUCGCAGCACCAAGAGCUGAUCAAGUUGCAGAACGAGUACACUGCGCUCGCGCGGAGCAGUAGUGCGAACGAGAAGGAGUUGGAGAAGUUGGUGCAGGUGCAGGAGCGGAGUCGUGAGGAGGUAGAGCGGUUUCAGCAGCGCGCAAAGUUGCAGGAGCGCAGGAAGUACCUUGAGAAUAUCCUGCCGGCGGCGGUGAUGCAGGAGGCGGUGAGUAAGGGGACUGAGGCGAAGAAGGAGGGGAGAAGGUUGAAGGCGAUCAAGGACGAGCUCGAGGCGCGCACGGGACCUUCAGGGGAGUUGAGGGAUGCGGCAAAGACAAAGCUGGACGAGUUCAGAGCGGAGGUUGAACGGCAGAAGCUUGCGGUUUCGAAAGCGAUGAAGAAGCUAGAUGCGAAAAUCAGCAAGAAAGACGAGUUCAACACGCAGGUGGAGGCCAAGAAGUCUGAGAUCAAAUCGAUCGGGAAGGAGCGCGAGAAAACAAAGACCAAGAUCCAAGAUCUGAAGAAGGAUAUCAGCGCGGCGAGGGAGAGGUUGAAGAAUAAGCCGGAUGAGAAGACGGGCGAGGAACUGCAGGCAAAGUUGAAAGAGGCGCGGCAGAAGCUGCGCACGGUUGAAGAGCAACGAACAAAGAUCAGCGACGAGGCCAACUCGUUUGAUCAAGAAAACAAGCGCGCGACGGCGGAGGUCGAGGAUCUCAAGAAGCAGCUUACGAGUCUGAACAGCGUGGACGUGCAGCGGCUUGCGCGGGUGGAGAAGAUCGACAAGGAUACGUGGGAGGCGAUCAAGUGGUUGAGGCAGAACAAGAAUCUGUUCAAGGAGGAGAUUUACGAGCCGCCGAUUAUGAGCCUGCGGGUGAAAGACGCGAGUCUGACGUAUGCGGUGGAGUCGGUUGCGAAGCGCAACACGCUGCUGACGUUUACGUGCAUGAAUCGCGAGGAUUAUGUGUUGUUCAACAAACACGUGCAGGACGAGAACAAGCUGUCGGUCGCGGUGGCGGAGUACUCUAAAUCCGAUCGCCCUAGGCUGGAGUCGUGGGGCCGGCUGAUGGAUGAGAAUAAGCUGAAGAGUCUCGGGUUUGAGUGCGUCGUGAGCGAUUUGAUCGAGGCGCCGGACGCGGUGAUGAACAUGCUGUACCACACCUCGUCGAUCAACAUGGUCGCGUUCAGCCGGCGCGAAUUGAGCGUUGCGCAGGUGAACAAAGUGGACGCGGCGAAGCGCGCGGACGGGGCGCCGCUGAUUCAAAAGUAUAUCAGCGGGCGGCAGUCGAUCUACGUGAAGCAGUCUGCGUACGGGAGCAGGGAGCUGCUCAAGUCGAACCAGAAGAUCGGGAGUCCGGUCGCGCUGGUGAGCGGGGGGGUUGAUCAGGCGCAAAAGACGCGGUUGAUGGAGCGGCUGAAGGAGAGGGAGCAGAAGAGGUCAGAGACGGAGGAGCGGACGAAGGAGAAGCGCGCGCAGAUGAGGAAGUUUAAUGAUAUGCGGAAGGCGGUGGAUGCAGAGAAGAAUACGAUCCAGAGCGCGCUUACGGAAUGGCAGGGAUUGAAGAGGAAGUACAACAGCACGGAGGCGAAGCUGGAUGACCUCGUGUUUCAGCUGCAGGAGCUUGAGCAGGCGCCGGAUAGUACUGCAGAGCGGAUCCGGGAGCGGGAGCGGGAGUUGGAGGAGAUUGCGGGGCAGAGAGAGAGGUUUGCGGUUGAGUUGGUGGAGGAGACGAGGAAGGUUGCGAAGAUGCAGGUGGGGUUGGUGGGGAGGAUUGUUGCGGAGCAAAAGGGGAAGAGUGAUUAUGAGGUGCUGAAUGAGCGGUUUGAGGUUGCGAAUAGGGAGUUGGUUGAGGUGCAGGCGGCGGUGCAAGCGCAGAGGGAGAUCACGAGAGAAUUGAGACAGAGGGCGGUGCAAGAGAAAGAUAGACUGAUGGAGCAUCUGGCGUCUCUGUCGGAGGAAGAUCACGCGCUGGUGGAGGAAUACAUGAUUGACGAGAACCGCAUCGAUCGCUCAGAGAUCGAAGCCGAGACCGAGCGAGUAGACGAACAGCUCAAUCAGAUCUUUAGCGGGAACGCGCAUGUGCUCGAGACGUACGAGCGGCGAGCGCGGGAGAUUGCAAAGCUGCGGGAGAAAGUCGAGAUUGGGAGCGGCAAAGUCGCGGAGCUUGAAGCGCGGAUCCGAGAGAUUCGGAGCGGGUGGGAGCGAGAGCUUGAUGCGCUUGUGGGCCGGAUCUCGGACGAGUUCGCAGAGGCGUUUCGGUCGAUUGGAUGUGCGGGGACGGUCGGGGUGGGCAAGGAUGAGGAGGAUUACGAGAAAUGGCGGAUUGAUAUCAAAGUGCGGUUCCGGGAGAACGAGCAGUUGCAGCUGUUGACGCAUCAGCGACAGUCGGGAGGCGAGCGGUCUGUGUCUACGAUUUUCUACCUGAUGGCGCUGCAGUGCGUGACGAAGGCGCCGUUCAGGGUGGUGGAUGAGAUCAACCAGGGGAUGGAUCCGCGGAACGAGAGGAUGGUGCACAGGCGGAUGGUUGAGGUUGCGUGUGCGGAGAACGCGAGUCAGUAUUUUUUGAUUACGCCAAAGUUGCUGCCGGACUUGACGUUUCAUGAGAAGAUGAGCGUGCAUUGUAUUUUCUCUGGGGGGUUUUUGCCGGAGAGGGGGGGAGCUGCUGAUUUUGGGCGGUUGAGGAAGUAUGUGGAGGUGGGGAAGAGGUUGAGGGAGAGAGUAUAGUGAUGCGAUGCGAUGAUUAGAUAUAGUACAAGAUAACAAGAUAAUAU